AUGAAUCGAAUCAUCACCGUGAACGCGGGCGGGCGGGUCUUCCAGGCCUAUCGCUCGACGCUGUUGCGUUUCCCGGAGACCCCCUUCGCGAAGUUCUUCGCGCCGGACCCCCCCACCCCGACGGUCCCGGUCCCGAACCCCAACCCGGACGGGCCCCCCGUCCUCACCGACGCCGUCUUUCUGGACGUCAACCCCGAUGUCUUCGACCUUGUCCUGAGCUUCCUGCGGACGAACCGGAUGUGCCUCCCCACCCACAACGACGCCCUGCGGUCCGACCUGGUGGUUCAUCUGGACCGCUGGGGGCUGAUCCCGCACGCCUUCCCGCCGGUGAAAGAAGAAGCGGAGGAGGAGGGAGAGGGAGAGGGGGAGGAGCAGGACAGGGUGAUCCUCCCGGACGCCUGCGUCGUGCAGCUCUGCGAUCACCUGCAGCACGACCAGGGGGUGAAGCGCCACGCCCUGACGAUCACCUACGGCGCGGAUGGCUUUCAGCUCCGCGGCCUCACCCAGGCCAUCCGCCGCGACCUCACCCGCCAGCUCUCCUCGACGUUCUGGCAGUGCUACCAAACCAACGAACGCGCGGCGUUCUUCACAACGACGAAAAUCGCUAACGGGGCGGCUGACCUGCUGAUGACGUCCAUCACCCAGCAGGUCAUCCAGCACACGGAGCGCAUGGGCUAUCAUCUGACCAGUUCCUACAUCACACUUAGUCCGGAUGUAAUCCACACGAGUGUUCGAAUGCUCAUUCACAACCUAAUCUUCCGACGUACACGCUUACCAUAUCUAGAACCUUCCGACGGGAUCGCGCUAUUCGAGGACGGCGACGAAGAGGAAGUCUUGGAAACCUUCCAAAACUUUGAACCAAGACAUGUUGGACCAAAGAAAGUCGAAUGGGAAGAAUCUUCUCCAGCAGCAUCCGAACGAGUAAGUAAUAUAUGGGAAUCUAAAACACUCCCGGAAAAGAACUACUAA